GUGUGUGUGUGUGUGCGCGUAUGUGUGCGUGUGUGUGUGUGUAUUGUAUAUAGGUAUGAGGUAGGAACCUUUGAUAAAGUCGCUGCUCGCACACGGCUCUAUUUGACUGACGGAACGCGGCGUGUUUUUGGAGCGGAGUCUUGGGGACAGAGGCAUGUGAGCUGGACACAAUGACACAUCAGUGUACAAUCUGCCACAAACACUUUGAUUUUGUUUCCAAGCUUCGCCGUCACCAGCUCACACAUUCAGGACAGAGACCUUUCACAUGUUGUAUUUGUCUUAAAUCUUUCCGACAGUCGGCUCAUUUGAAAGGACAUUUGAAAAGCCAUUCGAAGUUGAGGGAGGUUUCGCUCAUCGUGUCACAAACAAUUAAUUCUCAGAUCUCUUGCAUCAAAACAGAGGAAAGUUACAUCCAACAUGUUGGAGCUCAGGUUUCAGAGGAAGAAGACGUUUGUGAAGAAAACGUGUGGUACGGAUCCCUUCAGAGGGAUUCUGAGAGCGAAUGUGAAAACCAGCACAACAGGAAACUGCAGAUAAGCAGUAAUGGACAGAUGUGUGACUUACAGGGGAAUGAUGUAUUUGAAGACUUGCCCCAUGAUGAAAGCUUUCACAACAGUCAGUAUUCAGAGUGCACUACAGUUCUGUCUAAUUCAGCAAACACAGGGUCCUGUGUACAACAACAACAACAUCUGCCAGCAAUUUACAUUUCAGAAGAGACACAAAAACCAAAUUCGUGUAUAGAAGAAAAAAUAGCAAAGAGGGUGAGUAGGCACCAGUGUUCAGUGUGUCUUAAAUGUUUUUCUGCACCAUCGAAACUUAAGCGUCACGUUUUAAUUCACAGCAGCUUCAGGCCUUUUUGCUGCGAGUUCUGUCCUAAAGCGUUUCGACAGCUCACACACUUAAAAGUGCAUCAAUCCACUCAUUUCUCACAUGGACAAAAAAAAGCUAAAGAAGUUAUUCCUGUUAACGCUGGCUCUCAGAAUCCAAGUCGUACACUGGAUACCACAAAUGCUGUGAAGAAUCAAACAAAACCUUCAAAGAGACUGUGGACAGAAGAAGCCGGAGAGCUCGAGAAGGAGCUGAACGGAUCAGAAAACGUUCAUAUGGAGGCAUCUCCUGAAAAUGUGAAAAGAGUAAAAAGUAUAAAUAGUUCAGAGGAUCGAACUACAAGUAAAGUAAGACACGAAUGCCCAGUGUGCCACAAGUGUUUCAGCGCUCCAUCAAAGCUGAGAAGACAUUGUCUCACUCACACGGGUCAGAGACCAUUUCAGUGUUCUUUAUGCACUCGGGCAUUUAGGCAACUUUCCCACCUCAAGGCACAUCAAAGUGUUCACACCAGCCCCAGAAAUACAUUAACACCUUUCCUCCAGAUGCACAGAUCCCUCCAGCCUCAGCCUUGUACCCAUCAAACAUCCAAGGCUAGGCUAAAGCGUUUUGUACACAUCAGCCUCGCUAGGAAGUUCAAAGCUGCCAAACAGAAACUGAAAAUAUCUGCUGCACUUUUGAGUCCAUCACCUGCUGCAAAGAUUUUGCUCAAAGAAAAUAUUUCAGAAACCAGUGAAGUAGAGUCCUCAGCAGACCAAGAGCUCAGCCGUAGACAAGAUUACUCCUGUUCUGUCUGUUUAAAACACUUCAAUGCUCCUUCCAAACUUCGACGCCACGUCCUGAUUCACACCGGGCAACGACCUUUCAGAUGCACAGUUUGCUUUAGAGGCUUUAGACAGAAAUCCCACCUGCAGGUUCAUAAGUGUAAAGGAGGAAGCAGAGAAACACUUCAGUCUAGUGUGAGUGAGGUCCAUCUGAGUGACCCUGUUAGUUCCAGAUCUACUGUGAGCAUCACAAACAGCGAAGACAACUUCAUAUCCAGCAGUGGAACAGGAGACGACGAUUGUUCAUCUAGCGUCAGACAUGCAUCAAAAUCUCUCCCAGAGGACGCCGAAGAUCUUGUAUCACUUUCUUACGAAGGCAUGUCCAAGCCUUUGGUCGACACAAAUCAGGCUGAAGAAUCUGGGUACCAGUGCACAAUAUGCUUCAAAAUAUUUGACUUCCCUUCCAAACUUUCUAGGCACCUCCUCAUUCACAUGAACAUUAAGCCGUUCAAGUGUAGCAUCUGCAGCAAGUCCUUCAGGCAGCUCUGCCACCUACAGAGUCACUCCAGGGUUCAUACGGUUGGGAAGAACAUGCUCUACCAAGGAACUUACAAGAACAAGAUGGGAACCUCCAUCCCUGAAACUUCAGAGAGAUUCAGUGAGUCAGAGUCUGAAAAACUUCCACUGGCACAGAGACCAGAUUCUUCCUUUGACCUUCAGAAUAUGAAUCCAGUUAAUAAUUCCUCAAUAUCCUGUUCCAUGAAAAUAGAGAAAAUCGCACCAAAUGCCAUGAGCAACAGCUCACCAGUUGAAGUCCACAAAGGUGAAGAUUCUUCCAGCCCGAUGAAGAGGAAUUCAAACCAGUGCAUUUUCUGUCUGAAGACUUUUGAUUUUCCAUCAAAGCUUUCCAGACAUUUGUUGGUUCACACCGGAAUCAGACCUUACGAAUGCCAUGUUUGUUUUAAGUCCUUUAAGCAGCUCAGUCAUCUUCAGUGUCACCAGUGGGUUCACAAUAGAAAUAAUAAGAGUGAGUGCACAGCUAGUAUGAGGAAUCAUCAGAGUUCCAGUUCCUCUGGUGGGACCAGCCUGACUGAUGAAGCAGAGAGUUCUGAAUGUGUAGCCAUUGUAAAUCAAGGUCAUGAUGGAUACACUGUGCAAGUUCAACAACAGAAAUGGAUUUCUGAAGACAACUGCUGUCUUUCUGUUUCAGGUCACGAUGAGAGCAAGGUCAAGUCUGAGACUGAUCUUCUGGUGGAUGAAUCAAUUUAUCCAUCUUUGAAAUAUGAUUCAGAUCCGUUUGGGUCUGAUGGUACUUCAAGUACAAUACUGUACAAAUGUCUGGAUCACGAGCCUGGGAAAUUGGAGAACAAUUAUUUUAAACACGGUCUGAACAGAACUGGUGAGGUUCAUCAAUCUGCUGCUGAUGAUAAAACUACCAGAAUUCCUAAUUGGAGUGGUGUGGACCAACAAGACCUUUCUGAAACUAGAGAUCCUUGUCCGCUUGCUCAGAAGAAUGAGGGGAUAAAUUUACACAAUUUCCCCAUUUGUAUAUCUGAAGAUUCUUUUCAAAGAUCAGCAAUCCCUGAUUCUUGCGAUUUUGAGCUGAAUCAUCCCUGCCAUGAUUCCAAGAAGGGUGAAGGUUAUAACCAACACCUGACAGAACCACCUAAUGACCUGCCAAUAUGUCCUUCCUGUAGCCAGUGCUUUGAUUCCUUGCAAAAACUUAACACUCACAUUUGCCCAGUCCAGUGUCCCAUGCAGAGACUCUCAAAGUCUUACCAAUGUGCUGUGUGCUUCAAAAGCUUCGAAGCACCAUCUAAGCUCAAGAGACACUAUGUGAUCCACACAGGACAGAGACCAUAUCGCUGUAACAUGUGUGACAAAGACUUCACCCAAUCAAGUCAUCUCAAAACACACAUGUUGUCCCACAGGUAGCUGACAAGAGUCCAACAUCUCGUGUGUGUGUGUGUGUGUGUGUGUGUGUGUGUGUGUGUGUGUGUGUGUGUGUGUGUGUGUGUGUGUGUGUGUGUGUGUGUGUGUGUGUGUGUGUGUGUGUGU